AUAUAUGUGUGUGUAAAAAUAGAUUGUAGAUGUAAAUUCAUGUUUUUGUAAACAUAAUUUAAAAAAGUAGACUGAACAGAGAUUUAGUUUAUUAUCUAAAUCUUAUAACGAGUGUUCUAUUUCGAAUAUAGAGUUUUACAUUUAAUUUGAAGUCUGAACAUCAAAGGUUCACUCAGUGAAUUUUAAGAAUUAGUGGAGAUAAAAAUGGUCAGCUAGCAAAUCGAAAAUCCCAACUAGUUAACGUGGCACUACUGUAUUUAGUGGUUGUUCGUUGUUACUCGUUUAUUUCUGGAACAUUGGUAUGCCUUGUUUUCGCUGAAUCAGCGAGCGUUUAUAGUUGCCGGCCUGUCGUUUGACUAAAAUGUCUGACGCUUUCCUCGCUGUGGCUCCGUUUAAUUUGGAUGAACACAGGAAUAGAUUAAUAAAAUUAAAAACAUUCGUGGAAUUAAAUAAUCGAGCGUACAACGUUGAUAUCUUGUCGUUUUUAUCGUCAGCAACAUGUAUCCGCUGGUUACUUAGCAUUCAAGAUGAAAAUCUGAUAUACAUUAAGCAUGAAAAGUAAAACUUUUGUUGAUGCUUGUAAUACUAAUUUAAAGAAUAAUCAUAUGCAUGAUAAAAUCAAUCAUUGUCAAUGACAGACAAAUGUAAUCAAUUUUCUAGAAGAAAAAUCCUAAAGGAAAAGUAUUAACACAAUGUCACAGUUAGAAGAUGCUUAUGCUCCGGAGGAACCAACACCAGACAUUCCAAUAUCUUUGCUUGAUAUACAAAUGCCAGAAACACCAGAUAGUACAAAAGGCCAAACUAGUGAUGGAGAUACAUCUAGAUUAGAGAGUCCUAAGAUACUCAAGCCUGUUUUAGGAAAAUUAAAAGCUAAAAAAAGAUUAAUGGCAUUUGCCAAUAAAUUUAAUGUGCCAUCAAAAAUCCAAAAUAAGUCCAAUCUGCUUCAAGUGCACUCUACCAAAAUUUCUAAAUCUAAAAGUAUGUCAAGUGAUAAUGGAAAGUCUUCAAAAAAUGACUCAGUCGUGAAUGUUAACCCAGAUAAUUCUGUACAAUAUCAUAAUCGUCAUUCAAGUGGUGGUAAAUCAAAAAAGAAAACAGAGGAGAAGAUACUGGCUAUUGAAGAAAUUAGAAGAGAAGAAUCGAAAAGUAAAAUGUUAUUAGCUGAGGCUAUGGCUGCAGCUAGUUUAGAAGAGGAAACUUAUGCAAAUAGAAAUGGACAAAAUUUAUUAGAAAAUGAAAAGAUUAUCAGAGAAAGAAAUAGACAAGAUGAUGUUAAUGUUUCUUAUAAAAGUGCUUCAAAAUCUACAAUAGAAAAUAAAUAUUCAGGAAGAAGACGUUAUGGAAGGGAAGAACGAAGGGAUAACACGAAUAGAGAGUCAAAAGAUUACAAUAAUAGCAAAGAACGAUAUUAUAAAGUCUCGCGCAAUAAAGAACAACGUAGAAAAGAUAAAGGUAGAAAAGUUGAUAAAGAUAAGCGAGAGGAUAGUAAUAGGUAUGAAGAGAACCGAGAUAGGAGGGAUGAAGAAAGAGAUAAAAAGAAUAGUGAUAAAUGGGAAGAUGUACGAGAAAAGAAGGGAAUAAAAGAAAAAAGAGAGAGUUUUAAAGAAAAGAGAAAUGAGUCGCAAGAAAAACUUUCUGAAAUCAAAGAGAGAAAAGAAAAAGAGAAAGAGAAAGGGAAAGAGAGAGACAUAAUGAAUUCUUCCUCAUGGGUGGAGUUAAAAAAGUGUGGUAUAACAAUAGAUGAUAUCAUCGAGACUAGAAGAUACGAUCAUUCGGAACGAACAACAAAAAACAGAACAGCCGAAGAUUACUUACGUCACUUGGAGCAAAUGUUAAUGAUGAACGAUUAUCGUUUAAAACGUUACGCUUUUAUUGCCGAAGGACUUGAAGGUCCUAAAGAAUAUCCUCCUGAAUCGAUAAGAAUAACUAAACGAGGAAGGCCUCAAUUAUUUUAUUCUGAAAAUCCCCGUAUGUCUCUUUUUAUGGACCAUCAACAAAUUCUUCAAAUAGUCACCACCGAUCAUCGUGAAAAGAUGCGGAAUAUAUAUGAGGGAGAUUAUAUACGAAAUGACAUGGAAGAAACGGAAAACUCUCAACAUGUACGUAACUGGUAUCCAAAGACAGGCAUAUGUAAAUCCGGUGAAAAUACCAAGUGGCAUGUACCAAUUAAUGUACAACUGCCAAGAUCAAAAUGGGAUAGUGAAGAUGAAGAUAAGUUAUCUGAUACCGAGAAACAACAAGAAAAUGAAGUGAUAUCAAAGAAUAUUGCUUCGGAACAAGAACCUGAAGAAUUUUCUCCAAGAUUAAAUACAAUAGAGGAAGACAUUAAUAAAGACAAGGAAAUAAUCAACGAAGAUGAGGCUUCCAGUGUUAAAAAAAUAGAUGACAAUAGGCAACCAUCUCCUUUGUUACAGUCAGCAGGCAACGAAAAAUUAGCGUCGGAGUAUGAACAAUUCAUGAAAAUGGUUUGCAAUGACAUUCCAAUAUCGAAAGAGUUCUCUCCAAAACUGAACAAACCUUCUGCCUCGACGUUAAGUUAUCAUGAGUUUAACAUAGAAACUAAUUCGCCGAAUGACAAUAAUUUCUCAUUUGUAGAGCAUGAUAUAUCUGGAAAGUUGGAUGAGAGUGAUUCAAAUAAAAUUGAGGAGAAAUUCAAAGCUAAUGAAAAUCGACAGAAUUUGGAGAAAGUUUCGAAAAUCGAGGAUGAUCAAGUAUCGUCAAGCAGUUCUCAUAUUCAGGCGCAAAAAUCUGCAACAGCUGAUAAUAAAAAUAUACGUGAUAAAAAUGAAUCAGAAGAUUCUAAAUCAAUACCCAGCGAUUGGGAAAAUGUUCGAAUCAAAGUAGAACGUAUGAGCGACGAAAAUUCUGACUCUAAAGAAACAAGAAAGAAAAAAAGACUGAAAAAGACAACUUCUAGCAGCAGUGAGUCAUCUAGUUCAUCAAGUUCCUCUGACUCCGAAGAAGAAAUAAAAAGGAAAAAGAGGAAACGGAAAAUAUCGAACGAUUCGGACUCUUUGUCGGAUUCAGACAGUAGCGAUAGUAGCACUAGUAGUAGCGAUUCUUCUAGUUCUGACGAUAAGCGGAAGAAAAGGAAGAAGAAGAAACGAAAAGCUGAGAAAAAAAAGAAAAAAGCAAAACGAAUAGCAAAGACGAAGAAGAAAAGAAGAAGAAAAAUCAGUUCUGAUUCUAGCAGUAGUGAUUCGUCUCAAGAUCGGAAGAAAAAAAGGGUAGUAACAAAAAAGUCUAAACAGAAGAAAGAAUCAAGCAAUAAACAAGAUAACAGAGAAGAUAUAGUAAAAACGAUACAAAAAUCACCAUUGGAAUCGUCCUCGUUGGAAAAUGCAAAGCUAAUACGUUCGCAAGUUCCAUUAAAGAAAAUUAAAGAGGAAGUGAAAAUCGAAAAUAGAAAAAGAUCUGCCGAUAAGCAUGAUGUUUGGAGCAAAGAACAGGAUAUGGUUAGAAAGGUGAUUUCUGAUAACGAUAUUCGCAACAAAACUCGCAAAGAUGAAGAAAAACGAAACAAAGUUGAAGAACGAUACUUAGAAGAAUGGGAAAUGGAUCCUGUGAUCAUACCACAGAAAGGAGAAAAAUUAUCAAAAAGUAAUGUUGAAAAAGUAGAAAAUACUAACGUAGAAAACAUUCGGAAGAUAGAGGGAAAGGACGAACGAACUAAAAAGGAUGACAAAAGCAAAAGUGACGAACAUUUUAAAGAGAAAUGUUCAAGUAUUAGCAAGGAGAUUAUCCCGGGAAGUUUGAAAAUAGAAGAAGACAUUGAUGGAAAGAAAAAGAGGAAAAGAGAUAAAGAAAAAAAGAGCAGUGAAUUUCUAACUGAAUGGGAGAAAGAAAGCGAGCGCAUAUCUCAGCAAAUAAUGCAAGACGAAAUGAAGCUCUCUAAGAAGUUAGAUAAACAAAAAAAGGAAAAAUGGGGAGAAACUGAGUUUGAUACUCUCAAUGUUCCAUCAUUGACACAACUUGAAAGGGAAGUAAGCAGUAGACAAUUAUUGGCUGACGAAUGGGAAGUUGAUAGUUUGGAAGCUGUGCCUGAUUUAAUGAUUAAUAAAAGGAGAACUUCUCGCACUUCAAAGAAAUUAGAAAAAGAGGUUCGAUAUGAUAAGAAAACAGAUAUGUAUAUUACCAUAGAAAAGGAAACUUUAAAGGAGUGUAAAAAGAGACAAGAUAGAUUGUCUGCAAUGAGAAUUUGGGAGGAAGAGCAAGAAGAAGGGGAGAAAGAAGCUAUGAUGCUUCUAGAACAGAAGAAUAAGAGAAAAAGAGAUGAUUGGGAUAUUGAAGAGGAAUCAUACUUAAGAGAAAAAAGUGAGAGGAAAGAAAGCAUAGAAGAUAAUAUUGCUAUAAUCGAUAACAUUCAUAAGGAAGUAAAUAUAGUUAGUAAAACUGCAGAUGCAUCUAUGAAACAUGACGUUAUUACUAGAAAAAAGGGCAAGAAAAGUCGUUGGGACAUGGCGUCACAAUCUGAAGAAAAAAUAGAACUCAAAGCUCCUGUUAUGUGGGAAGAAGAGUGUACAGAAUGGACCAAAGGAAAUAAAUUUGAUCACAACAUUGAGAGAGUGUCUUUGGAACAUUGUGAUUCGAUAUUACCUAAUACGAAGAUAAGAGAUGAAGAUGUUUGUAUAAUUGAACAACAAUUGAGAAAGUCUACAGCCAAAAAUUCGACAGGUUCGGAUAUUAUUGAUUUAUUUCCUAGAAAAUCUCAGGAUAUAGAUUUGUUAGAAUCAUCCUGGACUCCAGAAGAGCACACUAGAAGCAAAUCGCGAAUAAAAAGUUUGAAUAGUUCACAGGAAGAUGUGUUCUUUGACAAAACGAAGGAGUUGACUCCUUCGAAAGAACAAUUAAAGGACAUCUUUGAAAUGGAUGUGAAACUAACGAAAAAAAAUACGGAACUGUAUAGCCCCAGUUCUCCAGCAGGCUCUCAAAAGUCCGAGGAUAUGGAAGUUUUCAAAAAUAAUCAUACAAAUUCUUUGAGCCUUAAGGAAAAUUUCUUACAUGAUAAACCAAAGAAUGAAACUGUGGUUAAGUCUGAUGAUGAAUCAGUUCCUAACAUACCUCUUCAAAUAAAGUAUUGCGAUGGUAAGUAUGCGACAUCAGCAAUAAAGGAAGAGUUUGAAGAGAUUCUAGGAAUAAAGAAGACAGAGGAUCAGAUUCUCCGAGCAAAAUUCGACAUGAAAGCAUCUGAGAAUUCACCUGAACUUCAAAUCAAAGAACCAUAUUCAGACAUGAGUUAUAAAUCAUUACGAAUGGAUAUAUUUACAGGGUAUGAAUCCGAUGAAUUGCGUGGAAAAUUAAUUAAUAAAAGUUCGGAGACAGCAUCUUCAUCUGCCAGUACAAAAGGAACAGAAGAGACGAAUGAGGGGAAAGCAGCGCUCAAACUAAUUCCCAAACAGCUGUUAGUCCGACGAAACAACGAACGUGUGAAAACAAAAUUAAUUUCAGAUGAUCCCAUGCAACACGCCGCAGCUCUCUUGACUAUCCAGAAGAAACUUCGAGAAUCGCAUGCUGCAAAGAACGACAUAAAAGAUACAUCUUGCGAGGAGCCUUCUGCUGAAUUUAAGAUUGAAUGUGAAAAAACAAGUAAUAUACAUGCGCCAACUGCGGCUGAAGUUAUUCCCACGGAACAGACCACUAUUACGGACGUUAAAGUGGACUCGAAAGACUUGUCAAUAACAGUGAAAACCUCGAUCACCACAAAAUCGGAAUCGCCAAGCGCUGUAAAGCUUGAUUUCAAUGAGUACAAGUCUGGGAAUAAAGGAAUCAAACUGGAAGAACUUAAAAAGUCUAGACCGCGUAGUAGUAAAGAUGUUAGUGACAUAGAAUGUCGGAUAAGAUCGCCAGGCGGAGAACAGAAAAAGAAAAGUCCCAGUAGGAAGGAGAAUAGGGAAGAUAAACGAAUUAGCGAUCGCAAUAAAGAAAAAAGAGACAAGAAAUUCGAUGAUAGAGAAAGAGGAGAUAGGAGAGACAAUAGGGGUUUGAAACAGGAGUACAACGAAAGCAGAAGGAGAUCCAGCCCUUCUGGAUCCAGCCGCAAUAAGAAAAGCAUUUCUUGGGAACGAGAAGGAAGUCGUAGCGAAAGUCAUAGUCGUAGUUGGAGCAGAAGUAGAAGCAAAAGUCCAAAAAGAAAGGAAGAGUUGUUUGCAGGCUCUAGUAAAGAAAAACGAUUAAGUAGAAUCGAUGAAGAUAGAUGUAGUAGAUCUAGAAUAGAUGAUAGGAGAGAACGACCUGUAAGAAGUCCUCAUCGAUCUAAUACUGUCCCAUAUGGCAAAGAGCAUUUUAAGAAGCAUGGAACUAAAGGAGACCGAGAUGAGUGGAAUAGAAGGAAAUACGAUUUUAUGGAAAGAGAAAAGGAAAGUAGAUCAUACGAGCCAAUAGAAGUACUAAGAGAAAGAAACGUGGAUUUUGACAAACACAGGGAGAGUAGAUUUCGCGAAGAUGAAGGGGAUCGAUCAUUAUGGCCGUACGAGGCAGAGAACAUGCUUCAAGAUGGAAAUGAGUCCUUAGAUUCCUACCCUAAUAGCCAAGAUUUAGAUCUUGAUUAUGAAGAAAAAUCGUAUUACAGAGAUGACAAUAUUGAAAGGGAUAUUAUGGAAGGCCCUUUUCGUCCCUCAUCAAAAUUCAAACAUAGAAAAAGUAGGCCCGCUGCAAAGAGAAACAGACAAUGGGAGAAAGAAAAAGAACCUUUGGAUCUAGACAGACAUGGGCACGUUCGAAGAACAGAAAAGUUGCUCCCGUCUAGAGGUCGUUCUCCACCACGAUCACGAAGAUCACCUCGUAGAUCGUCGCACGAGCGUUUUAGACACGAAUCUAGGUCGCGGUCGAAGUCGUGGUCAAGAUCGAGAUCACGAUCUAGAUCUCGAUCAACCUCCAGAUCCCGGUCAAUAAUGCGUUCAAGAUCAAGAUCCAGAUCUGGGUCUCGAUCAAGGACUAGAUCUACUUCGGGAUCCAGAAUGAGAACUCCGGAUCAUUUUCGAAUGACGGAACGAUUGCGAUCUUCCAGAUCACCUUCUAUGGGACGUGGUAGAAUCAGCGAAAGUUCAAGGGAAAGGAAGGAUGAACACGAUAAUAUGAAACUAGAUAGCUAUAUCGAAAGAGGUAGACGAAUAGAGACGAUCGUGCAGUCCGUAUCUGGACUACCUAGGGACUCGACCGUGUUAGAUUCGGAAAUGCACAUCGGUGACAAUAUGGAGACGAUUGCAGCAGGUUUCCAAUAUUCAGCUGAAAACGAAGUUGGAAAUGAAUAUUAUUAUACAGAGAAUAACUUGACUUAUCCACCGUGCAUUGAUGACUCGACGGCGAGUUCUCCGAAACGUUUGUCCCUCGAUGAUAGACUCGAACUUGAGUUAGGAAUUAAGAAGCAACAGGAUGGAACAGCAGUGUCGAAUGAUUAUGGAGAAAGCUUUAAUUCGAACGUAUGUUACCCAUCAUCGCCUCAGCAACAGCAGCAAAUGCUUUAUCGUCAACAACCUACCGUUUUACAAGUGGGCAAUGUGUUGCAAGUGGUACCUGCAGAUUUUAAUGGAGUUCCAGCAACACACAGAGAACCGACCAAUUCCUCGUCAACAUCGGUUGUACGGGGAUCCAGCCAAGUAGUUCGCGUAGGUAAUGUUCUUCAAGUUGUACCAACGUCAUUGGACUGGAGUGGUAGUGGACAGCCUUCGUCAGUCGACCAAUCAGGAGGGAUGAUAUAUUCAACUACAGUCCCUCAAUCUUCUCCAGUUUCUUCAGUCCCUAUGUCUGUACCUGUUCCAGUUCCUGUCCCCAUGCCUGUACCGGCCGUUCCAUCCGCCGUGAAUUCAUCGACACCAGUUUCUACUUUAUCCCCAUUGCCCCUGUCCGUUCCUGUCCCUGUCCCUGGUCCUGUUCCACUUCCUGUAACACAAACAACGUUCUCCAGAACCGAAGUAACACCGCAGAGGGUGCCUGUUCUACCGGUCUAUAAUUACGAUGUUAUCUUAGAAACUCGCAAGAAAGAACGGGAGGAGCGUAAACGAUUGCGCGAGAUUAAAAGAAAGGAAAAAGAACGUAGGCGAAUCGAAAGGAUUAAUCGGCGUGCUCUUCAAUUGUUAGAAAAGAACAACAUGCGCCAGUCAGAAAGCACGAAUCAGCAGAAAAGUUCAGCCUUGGAUCCGUCGGUUUUGAAAGCUCUUCGAGAAAGUGAAGAGCAAUGUGACACGGAGGAACAGCAAACUUCUGCUACUGUUUUUGAAAAGGAAGAAGAAAUAACGCCGGUAGUCGCGUCUUCUGCUCCCACGGAAGAGGAAGAAGUACCCGUUGAAGAGGACGAGGAAGAAGAGGAGGAGGAAGAGGCUGAAGUUGAAGAUGAUGAAGAAGAAGAGGAAGAAGCAGAGGAUGACGAAGAGGAAGAAGAAGAGGACGAUGAAAAAUCACGGUUAAAUAAAUCAAAAAACGAAGUUGAUGAAGCUGUUGCAACAACACCGAUGGACGAAACAAAUAAAAUCCAAAUUGAAACGGAGUCCAAAGGAUGGCCGGAAUUACUCCCACCGCCUUUGAAAGGAAUUUUAGUCGCAUCAGGUUUCAGAAGGACGUCGGUUCCUAAUGGCAAUUUGGAUGACCUAUCUACUCCCGAAAAUGAUAGCGGAGACAAUACGGAUAAAGAAAGUACUGAAAUAGAUAAAAAUGAAUCGAAUAAAGAUGAAACUGGUGAGAACAAGCCAAGCAAAUUGAAGAAUCAAACGAAGAAAACGAAAUUGAUGAAGCAAAGUAAACGAAAACAAAGGAGUAAAAAAUCUGUGCAAUUCGCGGAUGGAAUUAAACCUGGGGAAGGUACUAGUCCUAGUGGUGGUGAAGGAGAUAUGCCUUCUCCUCCACCACCAAUAUCUGUUGCUCGGAGUGGAGCUCGUGACGUUCGAAGAUCCAGUUCCAGAAAGAGUAGAAAACAAGAGAAAAGAACACGACCUCCAAAAGCAAAGAAAAAAGUGAAGGUGAAGAUCAUAAAACUAAAGAAGCCCCGAGUCACUCCAUUAACAGCAAUGAUGAUGGAUGAUUCGGAUGAACUAGAUGAUCGUUCUCCGCCACCACCACCUCCAGGGUCACCUCCGCCACCGCACCUUUGGCCGAGUUAUCUUUCCGCUUACAACGCUACCAGUCGUACUAAUGAAGCUCAAUCAACGGCUACAGUUUCGAGCACUGUUCAAACUCCUCCACCACCUACUCCGCUGCCUCUUUUAGUUCCUCCUCCUCCUUUGAAUUAUACGAUACAACCUUGCAGUAAGGCGUAAAAAUUUUUUGUAUUUUAGUUGACGUUAUUCUAUGAUAAAAUGUAACAAUCGUAGACGUUAAGCUUGUAAAAUGAACGACAUGAACACUUAUUUCUCUCUGAAGAAACAAAGAGCGUGGCCUUGAUAUAAAGGCUUUGUGAGAUCGUUGAAAUUUCUUCGUAGAACUUAGACGCAAAACAAAUGUAUUAUUGUUAGUAAAUUCAUCGACUGUUCGCUUUUUGUAAAUAACUUCAUUCUUCGUGAUAUUAAUUGAUUGAUCGCUCUUGGAAUGAAGAGAAUUCGUGUACGAAUAGUGUUCUAUUGCGUCCACGUCUCUGCAAAUUCGCGUUGCGUUUAUAUAUUUUUCGAUACGAAGAAAGAAACAGCGAAGGAAAACAGAGGGAGAGGAUACAAUGGAAAAUUAUAAUGCAUUACGAGUGUAAUUUAUCUAAAAAAUUUGAAGAAUCGAUUGUUAACAACUAUAUUGUUGAUAAUGUAACAUACCCGUAAAACAAAUGAGUUUAUCAUUGUAUAUUUUACUUCUGUAAUUUAUCGAUUAUGUUUUAUUUAGAUUUUAAUGCAAAAAAGGGUCUUAAUG